CAAUGAUAGCACCAGUGCCCAGCCGCCCCUUGGCAUGCGCAGACGACAGCGUUGUCUUCGUCAUGGCGCCAUUAGUCCUGGCCAUGGAUGUUCCUCGCACUGCUGAUCACAUGGCACACCUGUGCACGACGCGGCAGUUCCAAGUGCUGCAAAACGAAUUGGCGAACGUCAUCGCCGUCGUUCCGUUUCCCGACGCGUUGCGGCAUUUUGCGCUCUGCAUCGAAUUCCACAUCCAGUCGGCAUCCGUCAACUGGACAGCUUACCUCAACACAUUGAUCCGAUUCCUCGACGACGAGUCCAAGCACAGCCCCAACAACAUGCCCCCCGACGACGUCCGCAACGUGGCAACUUCAAUCUUCCUCAAACAUCUCGCCAAUCUUCCAAGCCACGUGCAAGCGACAGUGUCAUGGUGCAGACUCUACCAUGUCGAUGCGUCGCAUCUCGUGGAUGGUGUCAUGACACUUCUCCACAAAAACUCGAGGGCAGCCUUGGACAUGAUCCAGAACAUGUCGCUGGUGCCACAUCUCCCGUCGGAAAUCGUAAUGCGCCAUCUUCUCCGAAGGAACGACGUCGAGUGCGCCGACCGCUUCGUCUGGAACGAUCCCGUCCGUCAGCGAGAUCUCGUUCGCCUCAUGAUAGACAUGCGCAUCGACGACAAACUAAUCAAGAAGCGGCUUACCAAGUUCAAAAUCCCGCCCACCGACUUUCCCGAUUUCGUCGAACGCCGUCGCCGCGCCACGCUUCGCUUCCUCGUCCAUGCCCAGCAGUACGGCGACAUUCCAGACGCCGCCGGUGCGUCCCCAGCCGCACGGAUCUACGCCGCCAAUCUUCUAUACGAGCAAUGCGGCUUCGACAACCCUGUCACGCGCCACAUCGUACACCUCUUUGGUCUCGGCAGACACUUUCCCGACGUCGUCGCCCUGGCCGCGAGUUCAUUCGAUCUUGGUGCGAAUAAGGACGACCCCCCUCCGCUCCCUGGCUUCCUCACGCUGGAAACCUUUCACGCGACCGUGGAGUUUGUCGAUACUGUCAAAGCCGCCACGACCGCAGCUGCCUACCUCUCCAACGAGCUGUACGUGGGGCUAGACACAGAGUGGCGAUCUUCGUUCGACGCGUCUGAAGCAGCCACAACUCCUUGUGCCGUCCUGCAACUCGCCUCGAGCACCAGAAUAUUUGUCAUCGACCUCUUGUCUCGGCAAAACGGUCCAGCCAUUCUCGCCGCAUUCAAGCCGCUUUUGGCGUCCGACAAAGUGCUCAAAGUCGGACUGGAUGUCUCGGGGGACUUCCGAGCUUUGGGUGUUCGCCCCGCUCAUCAAAUUCUCGACCUCCAGACCGUGCACAAGGCUCUUCAUGGUCACGAGGCGCCGUUGACUGGGGCCAAAACGUCGCUGAACGACCUGAGCAUUGCGUACCUCGGUCUCCCACUGGACAAACGCCCACGCAUGUCCAACUGGGCGCGGCGCCCGCUCACGACAUCCCAACUGAACUACGCAGCCCUCGAUGCCCUCGCUCCCUUGUGCAUCUAUUUCGCCAUGAAGCAGGCGGCGGACCAGUCCACGUCCCACAAAUCGCCCAAAACGUCGCACCGGGGGGCACCUCACAGCCUCUUUGGGGCACGUUGGACUUAUUCGAUUUCGUAGAUGUGGUAUGCAGCAUUAAGGAACGCGCCAGCAGUCCAAGCAAGCCGAGCUUGCAGUGUUGUGCUCUUGUUACUUAACGGUUUGGGCCCACCGCUCACGGUCGGCCCCUCGACCACUGUCGGCGAACUAGAUCAUGUCGACCGACCAAGGCGCCGCCUUCACGACGACAUAUACCUUCUCAGGGCGUCC